AAAAUUAAGUGUACCAAUGCGAAAGAAUUGAUGAACUCACUGAGACUGCAAGGAUGCUAUACUGCCAUUGGAGGUGAUUUUUUUCUGUUCGUGUUGAGAGUGAUGUAGCAACUGUCAUAACCGCAAGUGGACCAUGCCUAGGCAUGUUUAUGCUGGCCCAUGGACAUUGGCCUAUAAAAGCAACGCACGGUCAUGGAUUGAGCUAUCAGUUGUCCUUUGGAAUUUCUCCCAAACACACCCUCCACCUCCACCAUCUCCUCCUCCUCCUCUCAAACCCAAGCAUCAUGGUCUCGUGUGUCCUCCUAGUUUGUGUGGCCGCCUUAGGCGUGGCCCAAGCUCGUCCCGACAACCCUUACGCUCCUCCACCUCAGCCUUCAUAUCAUGUUCCCGAGCGAAAUUGCUCCGUGGAGUAUGAAAAGUCCGAGGCUGAGAUAUGUGUACCCACUCUAGAAACUGGCUGUGAGCCCAAGGAGGUCACCCUGAAGGCCCCCAUUGAAAAGGAGCAAUGCUUUACCAUCACAACCACGGAGUGCAAUGCCGAGAUCACCGAGGAAGAGAUCAAGAUCUGCGUUUACGUCUAUGAGAAGGAGGAGAAGCAAGCCACGGCCAAAGUGGCUGAUGUCAAGUACACCAAGCGAUGCGAUUCCAACUACAUCAACGUGUGCAAGCCCAAGCCUUCAUAUGGCUACAACAAGGAGACGGAGGAGGUUUGCAAGGAGGUUCCCCAAGAGACCUGCUACAACAAACCCCAGACUGACAGCAAGGAGAAGGAGUUGACUGUGACCAUUCCCAAGGCCGUUGAGAAGUGCGAAACCAAAAAGAUCAAGAUUCCCAAUGUGACCUGUGAGGACAAGAAGGAGGAGCGAUGCUUCAAGUUGGUCGCCUUGGAGGAAACCACCCAAGAGAUUGAGAAAUGUACUGUGUCUUUGGCCGAACCCAAAUGCAACCAGGUGUCUC